AGUAACAACAAUAACAACAACAAAAACAACAGCAGCAACAGUAACAACAAAAAUAUCAACAGCAGCAACAGUAGCAACAGCAACAACAGUAAUAACACCAACAACAUGAACAACAACACCAACAACAGUAACAACAGCAACAGUAACAGCAGUAACACCAACAACAGUAACAACAGCAGCAGUAACAGCAACAGUAACAACAACAGUAACAGCAACAGUAACAACAGCAGCACCAGUAACAACAACAACAGCAGCAACAGUAACAGUAAACAGUAGCAACAGUAACAACAGCAACCAGUAACACAAGCAACAGUAACAAACAACAGUAACAACAGCAGCAACAGUAACAACAGCAGCACCAGCAACAGUAACAACAGCAGCAUCAUCAACAAUAACAACAGCAGUACCAGCAACAGUAACAACAACAACAACAACAGUAACAACAGAAGCAAUAGUAACAACAACAGUAACAACAGCAGCAAUAGUAACAACAGCAACCACAGUAACAACAGCAGCAACAGUAACAACAGCAGUAACAGUAACAACAGCAGUAACAGUAACAACAGCAGCAACAGUAACAACAGCAACAAUAGUAACAGUAUCAACAGCAGCAAGAGCAACAGUAAAAACAGAAGCAACAAUAACGAGCAGCAGCAACAUUACCAACACCAGCACUUGCAACAACAGCAAUACCUGUAA